GUAGGAUUCAGAAGGGAGAUGGAGGGGGAGUGGAGCCUCUGAGAACGCGCACGCGCCGUGUUUGGGACUAAAGGCGGCUGACGCUUCCAGUGUGCAUCCUGCAUAUGCUGCGCGGCGUGGAGAUGCCCAUCCGUGGGACGCGGUCAGACGAUAGCGCUGUGUUGGUUUCCACCGAUAACUCUACCGCACAGAAGGAGGAGCUUAGCAACAAGAUUAAAGAACAAAAAAUUAUUGUGGAUGAACUUUCUAACUUGAAGAAGAACAGGAAAGUAUAUAGGCAACAACAGAACAGCAACAUAUUCUUUCUUGCAGACCGAACAGAAAUGCUUUCUGAAAACAAAAAUAUCUUGGAUGAACUGAAAAAAGAAUACCAAGACAUAGAAAAUUCAGAGAAAACUAAAAUCAAGAAAUAGUCACGUUGAUUUCAUAACAAUGUGUGGCAUCUGUUGUUCUGUAAGCUUUUCUGCUGAGCAUUUCAGU